AUGACAUUAUUGCCGCUGUUGGGAAGCAAACACUAUCAGAGACCCCAUCAACACAGAGGAAAAGCAAAGCUACAGAGCCAGCCUGCAAAGACUAAGAGAAGCCUAGAGAGUGAAGGUAUAUAUUUGCAGAAGCAGAUGCAAUGGCAAUACUUAAGAGAAGACGUAUGGUGUCUGCUAAGUGGUUCCUUUGGGUUCACCUCCCAAACUUCACACACUCCUUCUGAUAUGCCAUCACACACAUCUUCUUCACUGUCACACUCCACCUCUGCCUCACCAUCACACACACCAUCUCCUCCACCAUCACACACACCGGCAUCCCAGCCAUGCUACACACCGGCUUUCCAGCUAUUCCACACAUCCUCUCCCAUGCCUUUGCACACACCCUCCCCAAGGCCUUUGCACACACCCUCUUCUCCACUUUCACACGCUCCAUCUCUGCCGCCACUGUCACACUCCACCUCUGCCCAACAAUCACACACACCCUCUCCUCAACCAAUACAUACACCAGCUUCCCAGGCAUUCAACACACCCUCCCCCAUGCCUUUGUACCCACCUGUUGUUUUGCUAACACAUCCUCCAUUCCCGCCCCCACUGUCACUCUCCACUUCUGUUCCACCAUCACACACACCCUUUCCUCAACCAUCACAUCCAACUACUCCCAUGCCUUUGCACACACACUUCGUUCCACUAUCACAUGCUCCAUCUCUGCCACAGCCAAACACUCCAUCUGCUCCACUGUUUCAAACACUGUCAGCUCAGCCAUCACACUCUGUCUUGCCACUACCAUCAACCAUUCCUUCCCCUCCUAGGUCGCUGAACCUCUCCGCUCCACUGUCAGACCAGCAUACUUCAUUUCUGUCUCAGUUGUGGGAGGAUUGCCCAGAGGUGACACCAAACCCUGCUGCUGUACGGAUGAUAUCCCCAAAUGAAUCUUGUAACAACUACCAAUUGAAGGGCCUGGAUGCCUGCCAUUCUUGUUGCGAAGGAUGUCAAACAACAAGUCCAUCUUUUGAUGACAGAGCUGACAGGCCUGGCUUUAGGCAGUGCAGCAGGUUUGCUGCAUCUGACAUGGUUGAGUUUGCCUUGAUGAAAACCAGAGCAGUGACAUGGCUUGACCGAGACCAUCUCAACCAAAGCAUAUUGAACAGUCUGUAA